UCUUCUUCUUAACGAUAGCCCACGUGCAGAGUUUCACAUGCUUGUUGUUUACGCUUAAAAAUGGUUAAAGAAUUUAAGGCUACAAGCGAUCCGAAGUUCAAGUUGGAGAAGCAAUCGGAUGUCGAUGGGAAAAAGGCCGCACGUAAAUACUUGAAGCAGUUUAAAAAAGAUUUUCUUGACGACAAUGAGUAUAACGAGGUCAGCACAAAUAACUUCACCGCUGAGUUAGCUGAGGAUAUCUAUGAAUUUGACGCUGCCACCCACGAUGCCUGGAUAGUGCAAUGUCCCAAAGGCAUGAAUCCCAAUGCAUUGGAAGGCAAGCGCAUUAAAAUGCCUGGUCGACGUUAUGUGGGCGACAUACAAGUGCGUGCAACCCACUACGAGGAGCCAAUAAGCCAGGCCAUUGGCUAUGUAAACAGUAAAGGAAAGUACGCAUUGCGACGUCUACCUCUCGUUGGUAAUAUGAUCAUUAGCAAACGUCUCAAUAUGGAGCAGCCCAAUACCGACGAGCAAGUCGAUACGUAUCCGGAGGUUGUCAAGCCGCAAAAAUUCACGCUCCCUGUGCGUCAUCCAUUAUUUGGACGCGACUAUAAAGAACGCAUUGAAGUUAGUAAGCGUGUGGCGAAGAAGCUGCGACAAGCGGACAAAAAGAAUACAGAGACGUGUGCUAAUCUCCGUAAAACAAACAAUUUUUAUAAAAUUCGUAACAAGCUGCUGGCAACAACACAGACGCUGGAGGAGAAAGAGUUCGAUGUACGGCAGUCGGUGCUGACUGGUCUGGCGCCAAAGUUCAUGGCUAAAGGCGCACAGCUUAACUAUUUAAAUGGCUCAAACGAUGAUGAAGUCGUCGAAGUCAUUGAGAUAGAUGAUAAAGAUGAGGCACUUAGCAAGCCAAGUAAAAAGCGCAAGGCCAAUGGCAAGGCUGACGCACAGUCCAUUGUUGCGGAGGCAACGCCUAAGAAAAAGAAGCGUGAGUCCAAUUGAAAUACUGAAACUGAAAGCCCAAGUUCAGAGAAGCCGCCAAAAAUUAGCAAAAAAAAGCAAAGAGUUGAAUAAGUGAAAUAUGUAAGAGGAGCGUAAUUUUGUUGUUCAAUGUAUGUAUGUAUGUAUAAUGGAUAUAAAUUUAAAUAGUUGAUAAGCAUAAUAUGCGUGCGAACCCGCUUUUGAAAUAAACAGUUUAUAUUUAAGUAACAAAAAAGAUUUAAGCAGCUGUUUGGAAUGUAUCGAUAAUAAUUAAUAUCGCUUUACGAAAUUUCUCAUCACUUAAUUUGAGCAAGCAAAUAAAAA